AUGCUCCGAACAAAAAGUGAAAAGCUGUUGCAAUUGAUCUGCGACAGCCUCAGGCCAGUGUACUACAACGAGCGCACCUACAUUGUUCGGGAGGGAGAACCACUUGAUGCAAUGAUUUUCAUCACGCAAGGCAUUGUAUGGAACUUCACAACCAGUGUCAGGGCUACUGACGGAACUGUCUCCUUAAGUGCAGGGUGUAUUGAAAGUGGCCAUUUCUUUGGAGAAGAACUUCUAGAGUGGGGGUUCGGAGGUUACUACUCCAUACCAAGCCUUUUCAACCCUCCAGUCUCUACCAAGACUUUCAAAACCCAUACAAAAGUUGAAGCCUUUGCUCUAAUGGCAAAAGACUUGCAGACACUUUCCAAGCGGCCGACGGAAGCAGCAUGUGCUUUACAAGCAGCUUGGCGACGCUUUCAUGAAAAGAAGACUACUAUUGAAACGGACACCAUGUUGGCAAAGAAACCAAUAACUACCCGUCGUGCUCCACGCGCUUCAGGAUUGGAUUUCUAA